AUGAUGAACGGAAGGAACAACUGUAAGAUGUUGAUGGCUGUUGGGAUCAUCAAACACGCCAUGGAGAUCAUCCAUCUCUUGGCUGACUUGAACCCAAUUCAGGUCAUCAUUGACGAUAUCGUUAACAGUGGUCCACGUGAAGAUGCUACCAGAAUUGGAUCUGCUGGUGUGGUGAGGAGGCAGGCCGUUGAUAUCUCUCCUCUAAGACGUGUGAACCAAGCCAUCUUCGUGCUCACCAUUGGGGCACGUGAAGCUGCUUUCAGAAACAUCAAGACUAUUUCUGAGUGCCUUGCUGAUGAACUCAUCAAUGCUCUCAAGGGAUCUUCCAACAGCUAUGCCAUGAAUAAAAAAGAUGAGAUUGAGUUGCCAAAGCCAAUCGAUAAUGAGAUUAUUUAUCUAUCGUUAAUAAAGUUUUGA